CAUAGAUUCCAGUGUGGAGUAUAUGCGCUUUGUUACAUUCACAAGUAUGCCAGCAAGAAACGACAGGGAAACGCUGUCUUUCACUGCAGAUUUCGACAGCUAACACACUUUGGAAGACGACAAGAGUGCUCGACUGUUGAACUUUAGAAUGACUCGGGAUAACUUUUACUGAGAGUCGUCGAGAUUUCCAGAUUUCCUCCUGCGUUAACGAAAAAAAAAAAAAAAAAAAAAAAAAAAAGUUUGGGAUUGGCUCAAACUUCGUUCUGCGACUUUCUGAACGCGACGUUUUCCUACACGUAAAGUUCGCCGACCGUUUCGGGACAAUGGAUCCGAGCCAGCAUAACCCUCCUGCCGGACACCAAAUCGUCCAUGUACGGGGCGACUCCGAGACCGACCUGGAGGCGCUUUUCAACGCCGUGAUGAACCCGAAGAGCACUAUCGUGCCCCCUUCCGUGCCUAUGAGGAUGAGGAAGCUGCCAGACUCCUUCUUCAAACCCCCUGAACCAAAGUCCCAUUCCAGACAAGCGAGCACUGAUGCUGGGAGCGGCGGAGCGCUCACCCCCCACCAUGUCCGCGCACACUCGUCCCCAGCUUCCCUACAGUUGGGAGCUGUUUCUGGUGGCUCCCUGUCUGGCCUGGCCUCAGCAGGUGCUUCCCCUCAACAUCUCCGUCAGUCCUCUUACGAGAUUCCUGAUGAUGUGCCCCUUCCCCCGGGGUGGGAGAUGGCCAAGACCGCCUCCGGCCAGAGAUACUUCCUCAACCACAUUGAUCAGACCACCACUUGGCAGGAUCCUCGCAAAGCCCUACUCCAGAUGAACCAGGCUGCCCCAGCCAGUUCUGUGCCAGUCCAACAACAGAACCUUAUGAACCCGGCUAGUGGUCCUCUCCCUGAAGGCUGGGAACAAGCUAUUACAUCAGAGGGGGAAAUUUACUACAUCAACCACAAGAACAAGACCACAUCCUGGCUGGACCCACGACUUGACCAACGCUAUGCCCUGAACCAGCAGAGGAUCCCCCAGAGUGCUCCAGUGAAGCAGGGAGGCCCGCUGCCUCCCAGCACCCACAGCGGCGUCAUGGGAGGCAACAAUCAGAUGAGACUGCAGCAGAUCGAGAAGGAAAGGCUGAGACUGAAGCAACAGGAGCUGCUUCGGCAGAGACCACAGGAGCUCGCUUUAAGGAAUCAGCUGCCCACCAGUAUGGAUCAAGAUGGCAGCACGAAUCCCGUGUCCUCCCCUAUGGCCCAAGAUGCCCGGACCAUGACCGCCAACAGCUCUGACCCAUUCCUCAACAGCGGGACCUACCACUCCAGGGAUGAGAGCACAGACAGCGGCUUGAGUAUGAGCAGCUACAGCGUCCCGCGCACUCCGGAUGACUUCCUCAACAGUGUGGAUGAGAUGGACACAGGGGAUCCGCUUCCACCGUCCAUGGCAACACAGCCCAGUCGUUUCCCCGACUACCUGGACGCCAUCCCGGGGACAGAUGUGGACCUGGGCACCCUGGAGAGUGAGAGCAUGGCGGUGGAGGGCGAGGAGCUGAUGCCCAGUCUGCAGGAGGCUCUGAGCUCUGACAUCCUCAACGACAUGGAGUCUGUGCUGGCAGCUACCAAGAUCGACAAGGAGAGCUUCCUCACAUGGUUAUAGAAGACCCGGGUGGGGUGCUCCUUACUCCUCCCCCCUACACUCUGAACUGCUGCCUGCUCUAAUCUGUGAAGGAUUCAUAGAUGCUUUUACAAGACAUUUCAGCGAGCCUCUCUGGACUUCUGUCUCUGUCUCGGCGUGUAAGGCCAACCUCCCUUGAGGCAGUAUUGUUCUGUUCUUUUCUUUUCACUGGUGUGUUAUCUUUUUAUUUUGUCUGUGUCUUCAAGGCUGGCCCAUGAACAGACAAUUACGCAAGGGUCCCCAAAUCUUUCACAGGUCUGUCUUUGAUUCGAGGGCAUCUUUCCCUAGAGCAGGGAACGCUCCUUCCCCUGGUCUCCCCUCAUAGCUGAGCCGGGCAGGUCAGUGUACUCUUCUGCACGGACUGCCCUCGUCAGUUAUCGCCUGGAGCCUCUGGUGCCUCUUUUUCUUGCAAUAUAGCGUGAAGCAGCACUACUUAACUGUGUUUGGGACUAUUGCAUUUAGCUUAAGUAGCUUUAUAUUUGGCCCUGUAAGUUUUUCCUUUUUUUUGUUUGUAUUCAACGAGCCUGAGAAACCAAAAAUGAUGUAUUUGAAGCAUAAAGAACAAUACUGAUUUGGAGUAAAGGUAAUGUGAGGCCCAGUUGGGACAU